GCCGAUAGAAACCUCUCAAUCAAGUGCGGUGCCACUCACACUGUCCACAAUCAACGCCUCUCCCUCUCUCUUUUCUCCUCUUUUUCUUUUUCUUUUCUUCUCUCUCUCUCUCUCUCCCCGUCUCUUUCUUCGGAUUUUAAUGCUAAAAUGUUGCUUCCCAUUUUCGGCCAUUCACAAUCUGAAUUCGAAGCCAUAAAGAAACCCAAAACUCUGGAACUCAAACCCACAUUAAACUCUGCCCUAUCCAACAUUUCCCUACGCCACCGCACAUUCUUCUUCCUCGUCAUCCUCUUCCAAGUCUUCCUCGUUCUCUACAUCACCGGAGCUCCUCAUGUUUAUCUCUCUACCCAUCAAUUCUCGCCGGUCUUUCACGCCGGCGAUUGCGAGUCCCGUAAAAUCUACGUAUACGACCUCCCGCCAAUGUUUAAUUCAGAUCUCAAGAACAAUUGCAAUAGCUUAGAUCCGUGGCAUUCGAAAUGUGACGCGAAUUUGAAUGAUGGGUUGGGUCCGCAAGCCACCCAGCUCGCCGGAAUCGUACCGGAGAGUAUUCUUCCGGCGUGGUAUUGGACCGACCAUUAUUGGGGAGAGGUUGUGUUUCAUAAUCGGAUGCUGAACUAUAAAUGUCGGACUCUGGAGCCUGAAUCAGCUACGGCGUUCUAUAUUCCUUUCUACGUGGGACUCGCGGUGGGGAACUAUCUGUGGGGGAAUCAUACGGCGAAAGAUAGGGAUAGGCAUAGUGAGUUGAUGUUGAAGUGGGUCCAGGAACAAAAAUGGUGGAAGAGAUCAAACGGGUCUGAUCACAUCAUCAUGCUAGGGAGGUUGACUUGGGAUUUCCGGCGUUGGAUCGACCCCAAAUCGAACGGUGAUUGGGGGUCCAGCUUACUCCACAUGCCGGCAAUGAAGAAUGUAAUUCAUCUCUCCGUCGAGAAAAGCAUUUGGGACCACCUAGAAGUCGCUGUACCUUACCCCACCAUAUUCCACCCCCGGUCCGACUCCGACGUCAUCGAAUGGCAAAGCUUCGUCCGGACCCGAACCCGGUCCAGCCUCUUCUCAUUCGUCGGCGGCGCUCGCCAAUCCAUCAAGCACGAUUUCCGAGGCCUUUUACAGACCCAGUGCCGCCGCGCCUCCCCCGUUUGUCGCCACGUGGACUGCGCUCGGGAAAACUGUCUCGACGGCACGACGGCGAUCAUGGAAGCGUUCCUCGACUCCGACUUCUGUCUCCAGCCGAGAGGCGAUGGCUACACUCGGAGGUCGGUUUUCGACUGCAUGAUGGCCGGUUCGAUCCCGGUUUUUUUCUGGCGGAGGACCGCUUAUAUACAGUACGAAUGGUUCGUCCCUCCCGAGCCGGAGAACUAUUCGGUGUUCAUACCUCGGAAAGAUGUGAGGAACGGAACGUCGAUAAGAGGUGUGCUUGAGAAGUAUAGCAGAGAGGAGGUGAAGAGGAUGAGAGAGAAAGUGAUAGAAUAUAUACCCAACUUCGUGUACGCAAAGCCGAGUCAGGGGUUGGAGAAAACGAGAGAUGCUUUCGAUAUCGCCAUUGAUGGGGUGUUGAGCAAGUUCAAGGAUCACAUCAACAGAGGGAGGCUUGGGAAUGGGAAAGAAAGACAAACCAUGUAAACAAUUCUUGCCAAUAAAGAAACACACUCUUUUUUUUUUUAUAACUUUAUUUGUCGUAGAUUAAUUUAUGUGUUGUAUAUACUUUUCCAUUCUCUAAUUUAUGUGUUGUAUUUUAUUAAUUGAAUAUUUUCACUUUUGACUAGGGUUACUGAUAAAACUUUGAAUAAAAAAAGCAUUCUUUUCUUA